GCGUGGCUUGAGGCGGCCUAGCCUCCGCCUACCCGUCUCUGAAGCGCGGAGGCGGCGGCGGAGGGACUCUACGCGCGCUGGCCGCGCUCGCUGCCCAGCAGAAGUCGCAGCUGCAAUCAGCUCCAGGCCGGGGCCAUGGGAGCCCUGCGCCACCCGGGUCAUGAGGACGGAGGCAGAGGCAGCGGGGCAGCCGCUCGAGCCCGGGGACUUUGUGCAGCUGCCUGUGCCCAUCAUCCAGCAGCUGUACCACUGGGACUGCGGCCUGGCCUGCUCCAGGAUGGUGCUUCGGUACCUGGGCCAGCUAGACGACGGGGAGUUUGAAAAUGCCCUGCAGGAGCUGCAGCUGACCAGGAGCAUCUGGACCAUCGACCUGGCCUACCUGAUGCGCCACUUUGGUGUGAGACACCGCUUCUGUACCCAGACUCUGGGUGUUGACAAGGGUUACAAGAACCAGUCCUUCUACAGGAAGCACUUUGACACAGAGGAGACCCGGGUAAACAAGCUGUUUGCACAAGCCAAGGCCUGCAAGGUGCGAGUGGAGAAAUGCACAGUGAGCGUGCAGGACAUCCAGGCACACCUGGCGCAGGGCCACGUGGCUAUCGUGUUGGUGAACUCAGGGGUGCUGCACUGUGACCUGUGCUCCAGCCCUGUCAAGUACUGCUGCUUCACCCCCAGUGGCCACCGCUGUUUCUGCCGCAGCCCCGACUACCAGGGCCACUUCAUCGUUCUGCGUGGCUACAACAGGGCUACUGGGUGCAUCUUCUACAACAACCCAGCCUAUGCUGACCCAGGAAUGUGCAGCACCAGCAUCAGCAACUUUGAGGAGGCCAGAACCAGCUAUGGCACAGAUGAGGACAUCCUCUUUGUCUACCUGGACAGCUGACGGCAGGAGCUGGGCACGGCAGGUCCUCAGACCCUGUGUCCUUCCCCAGUCAGGCCCACUCAGGAUGACCACACCCAGGGCUGCUGGGGCUGGGCUUCAGAACUGUAGUCUCAGCCUGUUUGACGAAGACUUUAGGAACUCUGACUGCUUUGUCCACCAGUGUCAUCAUGCCACUUACCCUUAACACCCUGUAGUUGCUGGAGACAACCCAAGAGCAUCGAGGGGGAGUGUCUCCCAAGACCCUGAGUCCGACUCCAGCUGUGCACAGAGGAAGACCCCAGAUCUGACUCCAGCUACUCCCAAGACAAGGGGAGAGAAGCAUGUGUGGGAUGAGCACAUCCAAAGCCAGGCCUGUGGCUCUGGGCCACUCCAAGCCCUAUAGUGGGUGGUGUCAUUGCCCUCUCCUGCCUCCUGUGGACUCUGGUCUCUGGGACUGGUUACAAGGCCUUGUUAUCGUACAGCAUAUGCAUACCUCAGCCAUUCUGAGGCUCUCUGACCCCUGGGAUGCUGAUGCCUUCUUAGCUUCUAGGUACCCUCCUAUAGAGUGGAAAGCCUUUAGGAGUGUGCAGGGCCGAAUGGGUGACAGCAGAAGAGGAUGUUCUAGGAACAAGGAGUUGACAAGAGGCUCCAGAGAGCCCCUGCACCCACAAGGCCUCUUGACACCAGCUUGACUUCCCACAGCAGUAUCUGCCCUCUAAAUCUGGGAGUCUUUUGAGGAUGGGUGCUAAAGGGUCUGUGCUCCUGAGGCUGCAGGCAGCUUCCCAUCCAUCCUUGCGUUCACACCAGGAGCAUUUGCACAGAACACUGGGUCUCUUCAGUCUGGAAGAAAGGCAAUGUCAGUACCACACAGCACAGCAGAUAGCAUCAAAUAGAGCUAGUUAACUUGUCUUUUUGGUCUUGAUAGCAAGGGUAUUGUUUUAUUGAGACCUCAGUUUCCACUGUGUGGGGAGUAAGACAAUAAUAGAUACAGGUACUUUGAAACCACUAACCCUUCUUUACAUAGGGCAGAUAGGCCAGAGCAAGUCCUUUCUUAAUAAGAUGGCUGGCCUGGCCUCGCCAGCUGUCUGCAUGGUGAAGCUGCACCAAAGACAAGUGAAUAGGCUCUUCCUAUAGGGACUAGGGAGCCCACUCCUCAUGGGCUCUCUGGUGAAGAACAAAGGAUACCCCAACAGCCUCCCACCAUCACUGUACUCCACAGGCCUUGGUCUUUCAGUGCUCAAGGCAUGGUGUGGCAGUAGCUGCUCCCCCUACCACUAGGUGCCCCCCGUGGUAGUUGAGGGACAGAGGUGAUCUGUGUUUACAAGGGCAGUCAGACCACUCUCCCAUAAUAUUCUUCAAUAUUAGAUGAAUUCUUGGGCUGAAGGAGGUGCUGUCAGCUAGGCAGCCACUCUGGGUUUCAGAGACUAGUAUUGGUUUCAGUGUGGUCUCAUUUCCAUUGCCUUAAUGCUGGGUGGCCCAGGGCCUCAAGGAACUCUGGCUCCAAGCUCAGAAGUCCCACAAAGCAGCUAUGGGUAGGAGUGUCCUCAGAGGAGCUUCAGGUAGGACUGACUGUAGGAGGAGAUGAAGCCUUCACAACAGGUGGAUGGGUGAGGCAUGGCACACAUGCCCAUAGGUGCUCAUGGGAGGUGGCCUCCAUAGGAGGACGUCAUCUUCCCCCUGAGGACAUCUCAAAAAUAUGUAGUCCCUGGACCCAGGUAAAGGCUUCUCAGGGCAAGUCACGAAUUAUCAAGUCCUCUUAUCUGUAAGAAUAGCAAGAAAGCUGCUGUCUUCAAGAUCUGCUUGUCCAAGGAGGGUCACAGGCAGGGCACACGGCACACUGUGUUACAUUGCACUAAUCAUGAGAACCGGCUAGAGAAAGCCUUAUCAUCAGAAAGUCCCACAGUGUGUGACACCCACCACUUUUCAGCUUCUCGUGCAGCCCAGUGUGGGCUCUGAGGCCUCCUGGGGACUGGAGAUGGUUUUGUUCACUCGCGCCACAGGAGGAUGAAAGGGAUCUUUUGCAUAGCAGAGGAUUUUAUACAUAAAUAUAUUUUGUUUGAAAUGAGCCAUUCUCAAUAAAUAUUCUCACUGUACAGUGCUAA